AUUCGGCCUGCUCGGGGGAAUUUCCUGAUGUCCAAAGGCUGAAACUUUUCCAGACGCUUCAUUUACAACGCUGGGCUCCGUCUCUCCCCCUUUUGGCAACCUGGAACAAUCAGCCGCUUCAGGGUUGGCGUGGGAAAGGGAGGCGAGGCGAGGCGAGGGGAGGGAGCGACCCGGGAGGCACACGAUCCCUCCGCUCCUCACCUCUUCGCGCCGGCUAGGCUGCCGAGGGAUCUCUCGCUCCCGAGGGGAAGGGCCUCGGAGUCCCGCCUGCAGCCGCCCAAAGGCCCCGGCCCUCCAAUCGCAGCCGCCUUGGCUCCUUUUUUUUUUCAUUUGUGCGGCGAGCCAAACUUCCUGGAACGAGGGGGAGGGAAAGAAAGGAGGGGGAAGGAAAAAAAAAAGAAGGAGGCUCGGAGUUUCCCCGCCAGAACUUUUCUUGGCGAGGGCGGCGGGACGGCCACAGAAGCGCGCCGAAGCCAGCGAGGGAGCGAGCGAGCGAGCCUCUGGCACCAUGGUCCUGGUGGAGCUGCUGACCUGCCACACGUCUGGCCUGGUGCUGGCCACUGCCCUGGCGCUCUGGGCGCUGUGGCUGUUCUGCCGGAGGAGAAGGAGACCUGGAGAGCCUCCAUUAAUAAAUGGCUGGAUUCCUGUAUUGGGAGAAGCCCUGAAUUUUAAAAAGGAUCCUUACCAGUAUUUAUUGUCCUUGUAUCAAAAACAUGGAGACAUUUUUACGGUAUACAUAGCUGGCAGGUAUAUGACCUUUGUAAUGGAGCCCUUGCACUUUUCUUCUGUGAUCAAGCAUGGCAAGUACUUGGAAUUUAAAGAAAUUGCUGAUCAAAUGUCAUCCCGAGCAUUUGAUCACCCACCAAUUCUGAAUGAGAAGUGGCCAGACCUAAAUGAACAUCUGCACAGGAAUUAUCAGUAUCUUUCAGGAAAACCAUUGGACACACUCUCUGACCAUAUGAUGAAAAGCCUCCAAAAUAUAUUUCAGACAAAGUUCUCACAAGUGGCAGACUGGGAGACAGAGUCACUGAAUAAGUUUUGCUUUUCCAUCAUGUUCCAAGCCAGUUUUGUGACCCUUUAUGGAAAAUAUCCUGGUGCAAAGGGCCUUAAUGUUACUGAUGAGAUUGGAGACAAAUUUCUCAAGUUCGAUGCUAAGUUUUCCUAUUUAGUUGCAAACAUUCCAGUUGAAUUCUUGGGAGUGACCAAGAGGAUUCGGAAGGAGCUCAUCAAUUUUUUUAAACCCCAAAAUAUGGCAGAAUGGUUGGGAAUUUCCGAAGUAGUCCAGGAGAGAAAAAAUCUUUUUGAGAGGUACGAGGAGUUCAGCGAUUACGACAAAGCAGCACAUCAUUUUGCCUUCAUGUGGGCCGCUGUGGGAAACACGAUUCCAGCUACAUUCUGGGCCAUGUAUUAUCUUCUGCGGCACCCAGAAGCUCUUGCAGUGGUGCGUGACGAAAUUGACCAUUUGCUGCAGUCAACGGGUCAAGAGAGGAAGCCUGGAUACAACAUCCACCUCACCAGAGAACAAUUGGACAACCUGGUCUACCUAGAAAGUGCUAUAAAUGAGAGUUUACGAAUCUGUGCGUCUUCCAUGAACAUCCGCCUCGCCAAAGAAGAUUUGGUUCUCAAGCUCACAGAAAAUCAGGAAGUCAGAUUGAGAAAAGGAGAUUACAUUGUUAUAUAUCCUCCAAUUCUGCACAUGCACCCUGAGGUCUACGAAGAUCCUGAGAAAUAUAAAUUUGACCGCUAUGUUGAAAAUGGACAGAAGAAGACAACAUUCUACAAACAAGGAAAGAAGCUUAAAUACUUUUUGAUGCCAUUUGGGUCUGGAAGUGGCAUGUGUCCUGGGAGAUUCCUUGCAAUUAAUGAAAUUAAGUUGUGUUUAUUUUUGCUCAUUUCUUAUUUUGAUAUGGAACUAGUGGAAGAUAAACAUGUUGGGUUGGACAACAGUAGAGUUGGCCUUGGGAUCCUUUUGCCAGAUUCUGAUAUUUUCUUUCGUUACAAGCUAAAGUUUUAAUGCAGUAGUUUAAUUGUCAAGAUUACAGACAAAUUUUACUCUGAUUCCCUUUGUUACUUUUUGUUAAAUAUGGUGUGGUUUUUAUAUCAUCCUGGUAUCUUUAAAUUUAUGUAUGGGGUUUGUUUUGAUAGCUGCUGAGUUGCUCUUAUGUGUUGUCAAAUCACCUCCAACCCAUAGUGACCCUAUGAAUUGAGAGAUUUACAAAAUGUCCUGUCAUUAACAGCCCUAGAAGUGGCAAAUUAAAGGCCAUGACUUCUCAAUCCAUGUUUUAUUUGAUCUUCCUCUUUUCCUGCUGUCUUCAGCUUCUCCUAGCAUUAUUGUCUAUUCCAGAGAGUCUUGUUCUCUGUGCCCAAAAUAUAACAGCCUCAGUUUCAUCAUUUUUGCCUUUGGUUAGA